GUACACUACGACAACUCACCCAUUAGAAACUUCAGCAGUUCCUAUUUGAGUCUCGCUGUCCUUCUUCACCUUUGUCGCGUACAACGCCAGGCAUUCCAUGAUUCGCCCAAGAUGUCCGUCGACAAUCUCACCUGCCUGCCUAGGUAACUUGAGGUUCCCCUCUCUUGUGCAUCAAUCUGCUGCGUGACAACAACGAAGGCGAAUCCACCUGCUAAUGCACGUCUCUCCGAGGUAAGAAAGAGACAUAGCGCAAUGUGGGAGAUGGGACAUGAUGGGACGGAUCGCGAUCUUGGCUUCAGCUCCAGCUGUUCAGUUACCCCUCAGCGUCACAGCUUCGUAACAAAACGACAACUGACUGUCCUGCUUUUUCACCCAAACAUCCAACACUAAUCAAAUCACAACAACAACAACAACAACAACCAUCACCGGCAGCCAUCUUCACAGACAGACGGACGGACGGACGGCCACCAACCUCUCAAGAUGAACACAGCCUGGGUUGGUGCUCGCUCGUCGGCGACCCCCUCGCAACUUGACGCUCUUGCUCGCGCCAUCCGCAUCACGCCCAUCAUCGACCACCAUGCCCAUCCUCUGCUGAAGCUCGAAGCCCUCGCCAAACACCCCCUCCUGUCCAUCACCUCCGAGGCACACAAUGGAGAUGGUGUCCACUCCGCCAUCCACUCACUCCCCCAUCUGCGUGCCGUCCGACAGCUGUCUGCAAUGCUCAACUGCAACAACACAUGGGAGGAUGUCGUCGCCGCCAUUGAGCAGAAGCGCAUCGAUUCCCCCUUGGAAUGGACCGCCCAGUGUCUGGACGGCAUUGAGACAUUGCUCCUCGACGACGGGCUCGACGACGGCGAUGAUGCCCAGGACAUGGUCUGGCACAAUGACUAUACCCGCUCCGAGUGCAAGCGCAUUGUGCGUAUCGAAAAGGUGGCUGCCGACAUCAUCAAGAGGAUUGGAAAGACCUGUGAUGCUUCGCCAAGGACCGGCCAGGAUGUCUUGAACGAUGCCUACGACGAUUGGAUUGGCGAGUUGGACACCAUCAUCAACGAAGCCAUUGACGAUCCCAAUGUGGUGGCCUUCAAGUCCGUAAUCUGCUACCGUACCGGCUUGCAAGUCGCCAGCACCGUCAACGAGGUCGAAGCUCGUGCUGCCUUUGCCGACAUCAUUUCCAAUUUUGCCCUAUUGGACUUUGCCAAGCUACAAGUGGCCGCUCUCAACGACUUGGUUGUUCACCGUACGGCCAUGUUGAUCCGCGAUAGUCCUUCCAAGCAGAAGAAGCCUAUUCAGUUCCAUACCGGCUUGGGCGACAAUGACAUUAUACUUGCCAAGUCAUCCCCAGCCCAUCUGCAGAACUUCAUCCGCGCCUACCCAACUGUGCCCAUUGUCCUCCUUCAUGCGGGAUAUCCCUUUAUGAGAGAAGUGGGUUAUCUUGCCACUGUGUACGAGCAUGUUUAUGCGGAUAUCGGCGAGGUCUUCCCAUGUGUUAGCGAAGAUGGCCAGGAGCAGGUCUUACGACAGAUUCUCGAGCUUUGCCCCUGGUCAAAGAUCUUGUGGAGUACAGAUGGGCACUGGUUCCCCGAGACCUACCUGCUUGCCGUCACCCAGAUGCGUGAGGUGUUUACAACUGUACUGACUAACUACGUUCGCAAAGGCCACAUUGGCUACAAAGCCGCCAUCGACCUCGCCCAGGACAUCCUCUUCCGAAACUCCAAUAAGCUCUACCAUCUUGAUAUAGACUUUAUGGAGCUCGAUGAAGAGCCCGGUGCCGAGGUCGGACCCUACGCAAGCGACCUUGAACUUUUCCAACUCUUCCUGAAGGACCAACCGCCUCCUGACUUUGUCCGUAUAUGCUGGAACGACUACACUGCAACCCCGCGAAUGCGCAUGAUCCCCUUCCGCAAGUUCAAGACCUUGCUUGAUCAAGGUCAGCCAACCGAUAUCUCCAUCGCACAAGCCGUGUUUGGUCUCAUUCAGAACGAUCAUCUUGUCCCCUCCAUCGCUCCUAUUGGAGAGUAUCGCCUGCACCCGGACUUUUCUUCGCUCCGCCCUGGUCCUACCGAGGGACAUGUGAGCAUGUAUGGCGAGUUCCGGGAGAAGUCUGGUGCCCCCGUUGCCCUGUGUCCCCGGUCACAACUGCAGAAGGCCGUUGACUUGGGCGCUCAGAACGGAUUAACCUUCUUGCUUGGGUUCGAGAUUGAAUUCCUUUUGCUCGAAAGAGUAGAGGGUGCCGAUACCUCGGCAACCCUGUCCUUGAAUUCUUUGAAUCCGUUCAAACACCGCCCAGCAGAAGCCUCGGGUCGUUUCAGCACCUUGGUUACUGAUGGCCACGCCUGGUCUGUGUCUCGCUACUUUGCCGACCCCAAGGUGGCCAACCUCUUGCGCGACAUAGUUCAUGCUCUCGACUCAAUGGGCAUCUACGUCGAGCAAAUCCAUGCCGAGUCCGCAACGGGCCAGUUCGAGCUCAUCCUUCCUCCUUACCCGCCCAUCCAAGCCGUUGACACCCUCCUCCACACCCGCGAUGUCAUGUUUGCCCUCGCCACCGCUGCCGGCUACAAAGUCACUCUCCAUCCCAAGCCCUUCCCAACCGCAUGCGGCACCGCCUCCCACACGCACAUGAGCAUCUCCUCACCCGGCGGCGACAAGCCGGAAGUGUACGAACCCUUCUAUGCUGGCAUCCUCAAGCAUCUUCGCGCCAUCACCGCCUUCACCUACUCCAACCCCGCCUCCUUCGAACGCCUCAAAGACGGUGCCUGGGCCGGUGGCCGCUGGGUAACCUGGGGCACUCAGAAUCGAGAGACCCCUCUCCGCAAAAUCGAGGGCUCACACUGGGAGUUGAAAGCUAUGGACGGCUUGGCCAACCCUUACCUCGCCAUGGCUGCCGUGCUACUGUCUGGUAUCCACGGGUACAUGGAACGGGAGAAGUUAAUCUGGGGAGACUGCGAGAUUGAUCCCGCGAAACUGACGCCCAAUGAUCGGGCGGAGUUGGAGGUGACGGACAUGUUGCCUGCCAGCGUGGAGGAGGCAUUGACAGCGCUGAAAGGGGAUGAGAAGCUUGUCGAGUUUCUCGGACCGGAGGUGGUGGAGAGAUAUUGUGCUGUCAAGGAGUUUGAAAUGGCUUUCUUGGCGGAGAUGGGAGAGGAGGAGAGGAGGAACUGGAUUAUGGAGAGGUAUUAGGGGAUCUUCUGAGUUCACGGAGGCGAUGAUCCGGUUGUUGUGUAGCUUACUGUGCAACCAGAGACAUGUAUCUCUCGGUAGUGGCGGAAGAAUGCAUUGAGAGAGAAAAAAAAGAACAGCCCAAAAGAGGAUUAAAUAUAAGGACGAUACUAAAACACCGAACGAGACAACAGCGGAAGUAAGCUGGAUUAUCACCGUUACAUACACACAAAUGUUGUGGCUCUUGAGACCCCAUGGGCGUCAGAACAAUAUCAUCAAAGACAGUCUUCUUGCCUCCAUCGCUGGUGAUCCUAAUGUUCUUGGACUCCUGGUAGCGCGGGAACACCCUGACAGUCAUGGCGGUUCCAUCACCCACAAACACCUCGAUGCUCGAGCGAUCAAUCAGGAUAUCCAGCGACAGACGGUUGUCAGCCGGCUUAGCAAUGGUGGCCUCCCACGUACCAGCCUGACCGUAUCCGGCGUUCAUGGUGUCAAUGGUCAACGACCGGUUGGCAAAGUUGUACACAAGCGAAGUAGACUCGGCACCGGAAGCAAACAGCUCAAUGGUGAAGGCCGGCGCAUCGCUAGCGGCCAAGUCGACAGUAGCCUGCAGACGCGCCGUGUCGGUGAAUCCAACCUCGUAGGUUCCAAACACGUCCGUCUGACCAAGCGACUUGGCAGGGCCGCUCGCCAAGAGGGACACUUCCUCGACGGGCUUCUGGCCGAGCCCGCCGUCUUCACGGAUGAAGAGCUCGCGCAUGAUGGACUGCGUGCCGGCCCAGCCGUUGACCCUGCUAGGCCACUUGGUCGUGUUCCAGUUGUUGAUCCACGUGACGGCCAGGUUGCGGCCGGCGUCGUCGACGAACCACUGCGUCGCGUAGCUGUCGGGGCCAGAGUCGAACAGGCCCAGCUUCUCGGAAACAAAAGUGGUGCCGUUGAAGGAGCCGACUUCGUACCACCCCUUGAACCCCUUGUCUUGGCCGUAGAAGAGAACCCACUUGUCGUCAAUGGGGAAGAAGUUGGGGCACUCCCACAUGAUGCCCCGGCUGCCGUCGCCUUGGUGCAGCACGCCGACGUACUCCCAGGAGAGGAGCUCGGAGGAGGAUGGGCCGGUGGACUUGUACAGCUGGACGUUGCCGGUGUGGCCGUCGCCGGAACCGACGACCAUCUUCCAGUUGUUGGCGGUGGGGUCCCAGAAGACCUUGGGGUCACGGAAUCCGGCGGAAGAGGUGGGAGGCGCCUCGGCCACGAUGGGGUUGCCGCUGUAGAGGUCGAAGUGGAUGCCGUCGGAGCUGACGGCCGAGGAGACGACUUCGGGCACGGCGUGCGGGUGGUAGGUGACGUUGGUGGCGUCGGUGUAGAUGAGUUGCAGCGCACCCGUGUCUUGGUUCUUGACGGCGCUGCCGGUGUAGCGCCCGCUGGUGUCCUGCGUGUUGUUGACAUACGGCGGGGUCAAGGCAACGGGCAGGUCCCUCCAGUGUACGGCGUCAGUGCUCUCGGCGUGCGACCAGUACAUGGGACCCCAAAGAGGGGCGACGGGGUUGUACUGGUUGAAGAGGUGGUAUUUGCCGCCCCACUGGAUCAGGCCGGCAGGGUCGUUGAUCCAGCCCUGGUAGGGAGUGUAGUGAUAUUGGGGACGGGUCGGGUCAACUGCGUAGCGGGAAGCCGCUGAGAGAGCGGUCAGGUUCUUGGAGGUGGGCUGAUUGCUCUGGCCAAGGAUGUUGAAAGUGUGAGGGCCGUCCUUGAGGGCGUCGCAGCCGGUUCGGACGUCGUCCAAGCUGAUGUGGCCAGUGGUGCUGGUAUCGACCACAACCAAGUAGACGUUCUGGCCGGCGUAGGCACUGGUGUCCCAGACGAUGCGGAUGAGGGCCUCGUCGUUGGUGGCGGUCUGGCUGAACAAGAGGGAGCCGUCUUUCUCCAGGACAAGUCCCACGUAGAGAUUGGCGGGAUCAUAGUUGCCGCCGAUCAGGAAACUCAUGACGGAGCUUGCCUUGAAGGUGCUGGAGCGGAGUGUCCCAGUGGCAGCUUCGCCAUCUUGCAGAUUUGUUGAGAGGAACUGCUUGCCGACUUGGUUGAACGGGCCGCUCCCUAGCUGCGAGGAGGCAGCUGUGGUGACAGAGGAUUUGCCAAAGGCUGUUCCAUUAACGACUGUCCAGCCCGACAGAUCGCCAGUUUCGAAGCUGGGGUUCUUGGGGCCUGGGUAUUGCUGCCUUUGGCAUUCUUGUGUACGAGGCAGGACGGAAGCCGUGGUACCAUCAGGGAGGACCGAGGCUAACGACAGCAAGCCAACAAGGGCGUUUUUGUAUGGCGUUGUUUUUGUCAUGUUUGGAAGAAUGGGGAGAAGACUCUAGAAAGAUGGGAGAAAGAAGCUGCU